GCCGGGGGGAGGUUAAGGGAGAGAGGGGAGCGGAGCUGUCCCGGCAUAGGGGCGGGUGGCGAACGGGGUUAUCCCGGGAAGAGCCCGCUGCGUGCGGGGCGAUUGGGGCUGCCCCGGGCGGUACCACUGCGGCGGGGGGGGCUGGGCUGGGAGAGCCCACUGAGGGCGGGGGGGCCGUUCCGGUGCCCGAGCGCGGCGGAGCUCGGCGGUGCCGGGAUAGCGGGACAGCCGGGACCGCCGGGACCACCGGGGCAGCCGGGACCCUCGGGCCGAUGCCGAGCAGCAGCUGACGGCGGCGGGCACGCGGAAAUGGAGCGGCGGCCGGGCCGGGCCGUGCGGGCGCUGUGCGGCCUCUCCCUCGCCCUGCUGCUGCUGCUGCUGCCGCCGCAUCCCGGCAGCGCCGAGCGGGCCCCCGGAGCGCACCUGGACGACACGGCCAUCGCAGAGUUCUGCCGCAUCGACAAGCCGCUGUGCCACGACGAGGACGAGCAGCUCAGCUUCGAGGCCGUUCGCAACAUCCACAAGCAGAUGGACGACGACGCCAACGGCAACGUGGACGUGGAGGAGAGCGACGAGUUCUUGAGGGAGGACUUGAAUUACCACGACCCAGCAGUCAAGCACAGCACCUUCCAUGGAGAGGACAAGCUCAUCAGUGUGGAAGAUCUUUGGAAGGCCUGGAAAACAUCUGAAGGUAAAAAAAGGCAAACAAGCAUAGAAACCCUUUCCCAACAGGGCCAAAGAGGUUUGGAUACUCUGGGAAGAGCUCCCAGAAGGAAUGAGUGUCUCUGGUCUCUUCCAGUGACCCGACACAACCACCUGAAGGAUUUCAUGCUGGUGGUGUCCAUCGUCAUCGGGGUGGGCGGCUGCUGGUUCGCCUACAUCCAGAACCGCUACUCCAAGGAGCACAUGAAGAAGAUGAUGAAGGACCUGGAGGGUCUCCACAGAGCUGAGCAGUCUCUCCACGACCUUCAGGAGCGGCUGCAGAAGGCGCAGGAGGAGCACCGCUCCGUGGAGGUGGAGAAGGUGCACCUGGAGAAGAAGCUGCAGGACGAGAUCAGCAUCGCCAAGCAGGAGGCUCACCGGCUGCGGGAGCUGCGGGAGGGCACCGAGAACGAGCUGAGCCGGCAGAAAUACGCCGAGCAGGAGCUGGAGCAGGUGCGGAUGGCGCUGAAGAACGCGGAGAAGGAGCUGGAGUCCCACUGCAGCUGGGCUGCCCCCGAGGCCCUGCAGAAGUGGCUCCAGCUGACCCACGAGGUGGAGGUCCAGUACUACAACAUCAAGAAGCAGAACGCAGAGAAGCAGCUGCUGGUGGCCAAGGAAGGGGCUGAGAAGAUCAAGAAGAAGCGGAACACGCUGUUUGGAACGUUCCACGUCGCUCACAGCUCCUCCCUGGACGACGUCGACCACAAAAUCUUAACUGCAAAGCAGGCGCUGAGCGAGGUGACGGCGGCGCUGCGGGAGCGGCUGCACCGCUGGCAGCAGAUCGAGCUGCUCUGCGGCUUCCAGAUCGUCAACAACCCCGGGCUGCACAGCCUGGCCUCGGCCCUCAACAUCGACCCCGGCUGGGUGGGCACCCCCCGGCCCAACCCCUCCCACUUCAUCAUGACCGACGACGUGGAUGACCUGGACGAGGAGAUCGUGUCCCCCAUGUCCAUCCAAUCUCCUGCCCUGCCCAGCACGGUCCGGCAGCGCCUGGUGGACGCCCAGCACGGCCACGGAUCGCAGAGGUUGGUAGAGGGUUCCGCGGCCGGGCAGCCUGAGCCGGGCCCCGCGGCGCCGUUCCGGGCGGGCCGAGUGUCCCUGCGCCGAAUGCACAGCCUCUCCUCCGGACAGUCCUUCAGCUCUGACCUGCCCGGCGCCGGCACAUCGCCUGCCUCCACCUCCUCCACCUCCUGCUCCUCAUCUACCACCACCGUGCCUGCUCCUGCUUGCCAUGUCCACCCUGUCUAUUACCAUCACACCACCUCUUAUUUCCUCCAGAUGGACUCCACCCCCGACCUGCCCCCUCCUGAUGUCACCUCUGGAGUUCGCUGUCGCACUGGGAGCUUUGGAGACUUGACUCGCUCCGACUCCGACUCCUCCAUCCCGCACCUGAGCGACCACCAGCGUAUUCCCAGCUCAGCUCCCAAGCUGCUGGCUGCCCGGCCCACGCUGCUGACGCGCUCCAUGGAGGAGGCUGUCCCCGGCCACCCGGCCCCCGGCGCGCCCACCCCCAACGGCGGCAGCCGGCUCGUGGAGGCCCCCGGGCUGGGGCCUUUGCCGGAGCGGCUGCCCGAGAGCCCCAUGGCGAUGAAGAAGAUGAUGAUGGUGAACCACGGCAUGGAGAAGUCCUCCAGCCUGGGGGAGAUCAGCCACCCGACGGCCGGCAAGCCCAGCCACUCGGAUUCGUCGCGGUCGCACAGCCCCAGCUCCCCCGACCCCGACACCCCCUCCCCCAUCUCUGACUGCCGGCCCCCCGGCGCCAAGAGCACCCGCAUCCCGCAGCUGGCCGCCAAGAAGAGCCCGGGGGACGAGGACAGCAGCCUCACGGGCGACGAGGUUGACCCCGGCCAGAGCAAGAAAAAGUUCCCCCUAAAGAUCUUCAAGAAGCCCAAGAAGUAGCGGGGGGGGGGAGCCCCCAGGAGCGCGUCCCGCCGGGCCCGGGGCCGGAUUGCACCGGGAACGCAGCGCGGCCCCGGCACCCGCUGCCCUCCCUCCGCACCCGAGUCACCCACCCAGCGCCGGCACGGGGGGAGCUAUUUAAACUUAUUUAUUUCCUGAUCUCCGAGAAGAAAAACCGCGCCGCCGCCGGCUCCCCCGGGAGAACAGCCCCGUCCUUGCCCUCCCUCCCUGCCCUCCGACCGCUGCGGUCCCGGCUUUGCUGUGCAUGGCUUCCAGUUACUCCUGCUCCGCUCAGCCACGCGGCCUUUGGGUUUGGUUUCAAUGUGGUUUUGUUUUUCUAUUUUAUUUUUUAUUGUUGCUAGUCUUGAUUUUUUUUUUUUUCCUGCCUCCUCCGACUUUUGCACAGGCUGACCGGAGGGGGGGCGGCCGCUCCCGCGGAGCUCCGCGCUGCCCCUCGGGCUGACUCAGGUCACAGCGGUUCUCCCUCAUUUCCCAGAGUCACUUUUCCACCCCGGCCCCCGUGGCUUCGCCGUCGGGAAGGGGGACCCCUCCUGAGCAGCUCCCCAUAAGCAGGAGCAGGGGAGGACUCUGCCCCUGCCGGUACUUGUGUGUCCCCGGUCCCCACGUCCCGCCCGUGCCGGGGCGGCCCCGCUGGGUCUCGGGGAGGAGGGACGGGGCUGUCCCCGCACUGCCCUGCCCGGCCGGGGGGGCUGGAGCUCGGGGGAAGGAGCCCACGCCUGGCCUUGGCUUCGGUUCCCAGGACACCCUCCCCAGUGCCCAGGACUGCUCCGGGCCCCGCCGGGGACCCUGCUGAUGGAACAC